CCCCGCACAGACUUCACAGCCAAACGCCACUCAACAACCUACGACUACAUCUCCCCAUUGAACCUAGAUCUCUCUGGCAAAAACGUCGUAGUGACAGGCACAGCCUGGGAAGACGGCGUCGGAUACGCUACAGCGACCGCGUUCGCACGUGCAGGCGCGUCCGCGAUAGCAGUCCUCGACCUACACGGUGUAUCAGACGAGCUUGUCGCUAGACUGAAAGCCGCCGCAACGGAGGCUGGGCGUCCAGAGCCGGUCGUAGUGAGCUAUAAAGUCGACAUCUCGAAUCCUGAACAAGUCCAGGAUAUGCAUAGAGAUGUGGUAGAGCGCUUCGGUGGGCGGAUUGAUGUUGUGGUCAAUAAUGCGGCGCACAUGGAGCCGUAUACGCCGUUCUUGGAGUCUGACCCCGAUGUGUACUGGCGGACUUGGGAGGUGAACGUACAUGGUCUCAUCAACAUGGCGAGGAGUUUCCUGCCGACACAGUUAUCGUCUCGCGAGAAUCACAAUGCGCUGUGCACGAUGAUCAACGUAGCUUCGUCGGGCGCGCUGAGCGUUCGGACAGGAAGCAGCAGCUAUCGAACUUCGAAACUCGCGGUUGUGAGGUGGACUGAGACAUUGCAGCUCGAGCAUGAGGAUAGGGGGCUUCUGACGUUCAGUGUCAAUCCUGGGGCAAUUAAGACUAAGAUCACAGCGGGCACGCCGGAACCAAUUAGGAAUAGGUUGCCGGAUCGUCCAGAUAUCGCGGGUGAUACGAUUGUGUGGUUGGCUGCUGAGCGGAGAGAGUGGUUGGGUGGAAGGUAUGUAAGCUGUCCAUGGGACAUGGAGGAGCUAAUGAGUAGGAAGAAGGAGAUUGUUGAGGGAGAUAAACUGAAAUUGAAGAUGGGUUUCUAAGGUGCAUCUAGCUAUACAGUAACAACCGACAUCACAGAAACAUCUGAUUUUCAAGUAUUUCUUGCGCUCCUACAAAAAGGAAAGCACUAGAAUGUCUCCAUUAGAUAAGUUUAACUGGUUACAUAUUUGAUUCUACUUGCCUUGCAAUAGCGCACUCCUUUGGAACCACUCAAGAUCUAACAAAGAUCCGUCGGAGCGACAUUGGUGAGUAAGGAAUAUUAAAGAUGUUGUCGUCGUUGUGAGGUAUAUUAAAGAGAUCGGCUACUUUAGUAACCACCCAGUAUCGAUGGACUUCGAUUGGCUUGUCUGCCCAUUCUUCUCGUCUUUCCCUGGGACCAUUGGGAGCAUCUUGGAUAUGUUAACGCUGACAAGAG